AUGACGACUUCAAGCGGUGGAGAAAAAAACACCGAAUCUGACCAGCUUCUGUGGAUCAAAGGAGCUCCUGGUAAAGGCAAAACAAUGUUGAUCUGCGGGAUCAUUGAUGAGGUUUUGAAAGAGGAUGCCGAUGAAAGCAAUAUCGCAUACUUUUUCUGCCAAGCGAAUAACAGCCAAAUCAACAGUGCCACAGCAGUCUUGCGGGGAAUCAUGUCUUUGCUUGUCAAACAGCAAGGUUCGUUGAUUAGACACAUCCCGGAAGAAUUUUCUGGGAAUGACAAUGGAUGGGUCCAAGCACGGCAGGUCUGUCUGGAUAUUUUUCGAGAUACAGCCCUAGGAAGUACCUACCUUAUCAUUGAUGCACUCGAUGAGUGUGUCACUGAUUUGAAUAAACUUCUCAAGUUCCUAGAAGAACACUCAUCAUCAUAUCCGCAUGUGAAAUGGCUUGUGUCAAGCCGCGACUGGCAAAAUAUCAACGAAAGUCUCAACAUUGUCUCACACGUCAAAAUCGACCUUGGGCUUAACGGGUACAGCUUGUCGUGUGCUGUUCAGUUUUUUAUCGAGUAUAAGGUUGAAGAACUGGCCGAGAGGAAGAAAUACACAGAAGGCCAAAGGCAAAGUCUUCAAAAGCACUUGGAAUCAAAUUCAGAGGGAACCUUCCUCUGGGUGGCUUUGGCUUGCGAACAACUACAUGCAGUUUCAAAACGGCGUCUUGAAAAGGAUCUUCCUAGUUUCCCUCUUGGCCUUGAUGAGAUGUAUCAUAAGAUGCUGAGGAACAUUCAUGACUCAAAGAAUGACGACGACGUUCAGCUUGGAGUCUCUUUGCUCGAAAUUGUCACAACUGUCUAUCGUCCUAUCACAUUGGAUGAAAUACCAUCAUUUCUUGAAAUCCAAGGACCCACGAAUGCUGAUACACUGGACGAUGAUGAUCUCAUAGAGAUUGUAGGGCUUUGUGGCUCAUUUCUUACUCUCAAUCAACGCAAAAUUACCUUGGUACAUCAGUCCGCCCAAGAAUUUCUCGAACGGGUAUCCCAAAAGGCACGUCCCGAUAGAAAGCAGCAGAUACACUACUCUAUCUUCUCAAAGUCUUUGAAAGCACUCAACUCAACAUUGCAACGCAACAUUUACAAACUCAAUGACCCUGCCAUUCCGAUAGGUGAGGUCAAGCAGCAAAAUCCAGAUAUUCUAGCCACAAUUAGGUAUGCGUGUAUCUACUGGGUUCAUCAUCUUGAAGACUAUUUCAAGCACGAAACUGUAAUUCUAGAAACACGCGAGCAGCCGCUUGACAUCAAAUCGCUUGAGGAUUUUAUGUGCAAUCACUUGCUUCAGUGGAUCGAGGCUCUGAGUCUCUUGAGAAGCUUUUCGGAAGGGGCCACGUCGAUGUUGAAGCUUGAGUAUUUGCUAAAGGCAAGAUAUGCAGAUCUAGAAGCCAGAGUUCAAGAUGCAUACCGGUUCAUCAUAUACAAUAAGGUUAUGAUUGAGAAUCAUCCACUUCAAGUGUACUCUUCAGCCAUGUUCUUUGCUCCUCGAGGCACCAUAACAAGAAGUCAGUUUGAAUCGGAUGAGCUGGGGUGGCUAAAUACAAACGAAAUCGUUGAAGAACACUGGGGACAUUGCCUGCAGACCCUUGAACACGAAGGUAAUAUACACUCUUUAGCAGUCUCGUCGUCUGGCAUUCUGCUUGCAUCCGGUAAUAAUUAUGGGACUAUCAAGAUCUGGGAUACUCACAGCGGCCAUUGCUUAAGGACCCUCAAAGGCCAUGGCUCGGCUACAUCACUGGCCUUCUCUCCUGACGAUAUGUGGCUUGCGUCUGGUACGGACGUCGCCUUUGUGAUCUGGCAAACCCGCGAUUGGCAGUGCCUAUCUAUCAUCGAGGGUUGGUACAUGGAGUGCCACUCGGUGACAUUUUCACCUAACGAAGCACUUCUUGCGCUUGGUCGCGGAUACCAUAUUGAUAUAUGGGAUACCAAAGAAUGGCAGUGUUUACAGACCCUUGAUAGCUGCCAUUACAAAGUCAAUUCAGUGGCAUUCUCACCUAACAGUCCACACCUUGCGCUUGGUUGUGGAGCCCACAUUCAGAUCUGGUGUACCAAAGGAUGGCAGUGUUUACAGACCCUUGAUAGCUGCCAUUAUGAAGCCUAUUCAGUGGCAUUCUCACCUCAUGGUAAAUUCCUCGCUUCCGGUAGUGGCAGCCCGGGCUCUGCCGAGGGAAGUAUCCAGAUUUGGGAUGUGGAAAAUUGGCAGACUCUACAAAAGCUCGAGGACCACCGUGCCAGUGUCCUGUCAGUUGUCUUCUCAAAUGAUGGCUCGAAACUUGCAUCUAGCUCCCUAGAUCGUGAGAUUAGAGUCUGGAAUACUGAUGACUGGCAAUGCAUACAUAUCUUCAAAGGACAUGUGGAUCCUGUUUGCUCGGUGGUCUUCUCAAAUGAUGACACACAGCUUGCUUCUAGCUCUUGGGACAGUACUGUUAAGAUAUGGAACGUACAUAGUAAGCUGUCUCUACAGGGCAUCAAUCGUCACCAUGAUGUUAUUGGAUCCGUUGACUUCUCACCUGAUGGCGCACUAUUUGCGUCAGGGUCUCACGAUGGUACUAUCAAGAUCUGGGACGUCUGGAACGGAAAUUUCCUAAAAUCCAUCAAAGGCCAACAACGGAUUGGUUCAGUGAAUUUCUCGCCAGAUGGCCUUUUGCUUUUAUCUGGUGAUUAUGAUUACAAUGGGGCAUUUGAGGUGUGGGAACUGAGCAGUUGGAAGUGCCUGAAGAUCCUUCAUGAUGGUGAUCAUGAUAACCACUCAGUAUCCUUCUCGCCGAAUGGCCUGCUGCUCGUUACAUGUAACGAUCUACUAGGUUUCAUUACCGUCUGGCAUAGACAGACUUGGAAGCACCUACGCAAAUUUGGUAUAGGAGAGAGACAUUUCAGGUCUCGCUCGAUGAUAUUCUCACCAGAUAGCACGCUCUUCGCCUGUGUUGUUAAUGGUAGCAUCAAGAUUCUGAAUGCACGAAACUGGACGUUACUCAAGACCAUUCCGUGGCAAAGUGAUGAAAUCAAUUCACUGAUCUUCUCGCCCGAUGGCGCACUGCUCGCUUCAGGUUCUUCAAGCUUCUUCGGCUCGGAACCUAGGGAGGCAAUCAAAUUCUGGGAUGUCGCUAGUUGGCAGUGUGUGCAGACCCUCGAGGGUUAUGGUACUUACAUCAGAAAAUUGGACGUCGCUAAAUCUUUCCUCGAAACCGAAAGAGGCAUAUUCACCCUAUCUUCCACCGCAGAUCUGUCAUGCUCUAGUAAAGAUCUAGAAAGACUGUCUGCUCGGGGGUUUGGUGUGAGUAAGGAUAAAACUUGGAUCACAUGGAACUCAGUCAAUCUAUUGAAGUUGCCAUCAGUAUACGUUGUGAGCGCCUUUGCUGUAUCCGCAUCUAGUAUUGGGAUUGGUUGCAAAUCAGGACAUGUCAUGCUGUUAGAUGCUGCUUCUCACGGCUCACCCCAGGAGGCAGAUAGAGGGUGA